GGCGCCGGCAAGACCUCACUCGCCAAAGAACUCCUGCGACAGAAACCUAGCAUGCAACGAUUGUCCAUCGACGAGAUCGUGGCAUUACGGCACGGCAUCUGGAACAUCGACUACAGCCCAGACAAAUAUAGCGAAUACCAGGACGAAGCGGACAUCAUCUUCCGACAAUCUCUCGGAACUUUCCUCGCCAAUGGCGAAUCCGAUGUGGUUUUGGACCGAUCCUUCUAUGCCAAGGAAGACCGAGACGAGUUCAAACGAAUGAUAGAGCGGAAUGGCGGCAGAUGGGUACUGGUACAUCUGAAGGUGCCGCGUGAAGUGCUUUGGGAAAGAAUCCAGCGCAGGAGGGAGAUGGAGAUCAACGCUAACUCGGCGUUAGAAAUAUCGACAGAAAUUUUCGAAAUGUAUGUCCAGGGCUUUGAACAGCCUGAUGGUGAAGGGGAGAUUGUUGUC